CGCGCGCGGAUUGGCUGCGAGCCGCGCGGCCCUAGAGACGGAGGCAGCAGCAGCGAUGGCGGACGAACAGGCGGUGGUGUCGGCUGAGCAAGCGGCCGAGUCGCAGCCCCAGGGACCUGAAAAUCCACAUGCAGAGUUCGGACUUGCAGACAGUAUCCAGAAAAUCAUGGAGAGCGAGAGGGUUGGCGGGGACCGUUCCAAGCAGAAGGUGGACCUGCAGGCACUGCCUACGCGGGCAUAUCUUGACCAAACAGUGGUGCCGAUCCUCCUCCAGGGGCUGUCUGUGCUUGCCAAGGACAGACCACCAAAUCCUAUUGAGUACCUUGCAGCAUAUUUAAUGAAAAACAAGGCCCAGUACGAAGACAAGAACUAAACCUCGGAUGUGCUUGAGAGAUAGAAAUAUUCAUUUGCAAAUGCGUGCUCUGGAUAAGGUUAUAUAAACUUGUUUGUUUUUUGGAGAACCAUGAUUUUUCUAUUUUGAUUUUUUUUACCAUCAGUUGUAUUGAAUUAUAACCAUUGGCUGUUAAGACGCAGUUGACUUGAAUUUUGAGUAAAGUGAAUCACAAUGAUUUGACAUUGUAUUGUUUAAGCUGUCAAUAAAAAUUAACACGCUUAUA